AUGCCUUCGCGCUCUCGCCCUCCUCCCGAGGUCGAGGAAGACUCGGGGCUUCGCAGCCUCUCCUUCAACCAACCCCUCUCAUGGCGCGUGGGGCGCGCCGCCAUUCCCAUCGCGGAUCUCCUCGAGCGCCUCCAGACGCUCGCGCAGGAGCUUCGUAAACUCGACCAGGAAGAAAUUGAUAAGGAAUCACUUCGGAAGGUCUCGCAGGAACUUGCUAGUGGAAACCUGCUCGCUCAUAAAGACAAGGGUGUGCGGGCCUGGGCUACGUGCUGCAUCAUUGAUGUCUUGCGAUUAUGCGCCCCAGACGCGCCGUUUACGCGCAACCAGCUCAAGGAUAUCUUCACUUGCAUCGUGUCCUCGAUAAUCCCCGCGCUGGCCGACCCAUCUAACGCCUACAAUGCACAGCACAUCUACGUUCUGGGAUCGCUCGCCGAAGUGAAGAGCGUGGUUUUGAUGGUCGACCUGGAUCACCCGGACUCACUCAUCGUACCAUUGUUCACUGGUUGUUUCGACAUUGUUUCAGGGUCCGCAAAGGCCUCCACCGGUGAGGAGGUCGCCAAGAAUGUCGAAUUCGAUAUGACCAGAGUACUUGUCACAGUUAUCGACGAAUCGAUUGUUCUGGCACCGGAGGUAGUUGAUAUUAUUGUCGCACAAUUUUUACGGGUCGACCCACGAGUCAUGGACACCUCGAACAAGAAAGGAAAGCGUCCAGAUGCACAGGUUGACUCUAAGCAGGAUACUCUUCUGCUGAAAGAUUAUCCCGCCGCCUACAAUAUGGCAAAGGCUAUCUGUCAGGCUUGCCCUGAAAGAAUGACCAGUCACAUCAGCCAGUACUUCAACAACGUUAUCAUCGAUGCGUCUGUGCCAGCUGGUCAGACAAACGGUUCCAAAAAUGGUGCCCGGAAACCCAAUCUUGACGAUUCUGAUGAGGAGGGAGAAGACAUUAAAGAAUUGAGCAAAGCUCACCGUCUGAUUCGCGAGCUCUGGCGUGCCUGUCCUGAAGUUCUGCAGAAUGUGAUCCCCCAAAUCGAAGCAGAACUAUCUGCGGAAUCCGUUUCCCUUCGAUUGUUGGCUACGCAGACAAUUGGAGACCUCUCAGCAGGAAUUGGAGUUGCAGGACCCCCUCCCUCACCCCCCAUGGACCCUGCUGCAUACCCACCUGUGACUCUGGUAGACUAUGAUAAGACGAUCCCUCAACCCAACGUUCUAUUAACUCCAGUCUCCCCAAAGCCUUUCUCUCAGGUUCAUACCUCGGCAUACGAAGCAUUUCUCAGUCGUCGCCUUGACAAGACCCCGUCAGUCCGCGCUGCCUGGGCCACAGUUGUGGGACGGAUCCUCCUGACAUCUGCUGGUGGAUCAGGACUUCACGAGAACGAAGAACAGAACCUCGUCCGGCACCUUGCCUCGAUGCUCCGCGAUGUGGAUGAAAAGGUUCGUGUGGCUGCAGUAGAUACUGUUGGGCAGUUCGGCCUAUCUCAAAUUGUUCACAAACUGGGAGUGGAUGGUGGCUGUUCUAUGCCGGACUCGCUUCUUGCAAUUCUUGCUGAACGAGUCAAGGACCGCAAGCCCCAUGUUCGUGAGCAUGCCAUGAAGAUUCUGGCUCGGAUGUGGGCUGUGGCCGCUGGAGAUAUCGAGCAGAAUACCGAACCCGUCGUUUCCCUCCUCAAGGAUGCGCCGUCCAAGAUAUUUGAUGCAUUCUACACGAAUGACCAAGAGAUUCAUGUCCUGAUUGACCGCGUGCUGUUUGAGACACUUUUGCCUCUUUCAUAUCCACCCAUCAAGGCGAAGCUGUCUCGUGGAAAUUCAAACCAAUCACAAAAGCAAAAGGAUAUCCAGGCCUCGGAACCUGGACAAGAAACGGAUGUUGAUAAGGUUCGUGUUCGUCGAAUCCUCACCUUGCUCCGUGGCCUAGACGAGAAGGCUAGGCGAGUAUUCUUCGUCAUGUUGGCACGUCAAUUGUCGAUGAGGUCGGCUGUGACACUCUACCUAGAGGCCUGUGAGAAGUACAAUGGCGGUGUCUUUGACAAGGACGAAGAUCAAAUCAAGGCCCAGCUCUCGAAGAUUGUGGAUUCAUUAUCCAAGACCUUCCCUGAUGCUGCACGCGCAUCAGCGGAUCUCUGGAAGUUCGCCAAGGUGCACGAUCGUCGCAGCUACCAGUUGAUUCGCUUCACUAUGGCUGCCGUGAGUGAUUAUCGUACUGUUGUCAAGGCUACAAAAGAGCUGCAGCGCCGUGUACAGACUGCUAACAACUCGCCCUUGCUUGAAACAUUGAAUCCUCUUGUAUACCGAUGUGGAUCCUUCAUUUUCAACCGCAGCCAUAUUCCCGCCAUUAUGAGCCUUUCCCGAACCGAUGAGAAUGGACUAGCCAAUGCUGCUCAGGAGAUGUUGAAACAAAUCUCCUCUCAAAAUCCAGAGGUCUUGGAGGCUCAGGUACAAGAAAUGUGCAAAGACCUUGAAGCUCAGGCUCCUGCGGCUUCUUCGUCUGGUGAUGCCAAUGCCGAGGAUAUUUUGAAAGCAUGUUCGGGAUUCGCUAAGAAGCUUCCUGCCAAACUUCCCAAGGAACGCAAGUUCUUCCAAGCUCUUACAAACUACGCCCUUUACAGCACAUCUCCACACGCAGCAAAGCAUGCUGUCUCGAUUUUGAUGGCUACCGCUGACAAAAAGGAGAUGUAUGCCAAAGACCUUGUACAUAAGUGUGUCAAGAAGUGGACAUAUGGGUCUGAUCGAUUCCUCACUCGCCUGGCCGCCUUGUCGCAGCUCAGCCUUCUCGCGCCAAGAGAGGCAGACGAGGAAAGCGAUGCAAUCAUUGCCAUUGCUAUCAACCAAAUCCUGCUCACCAACCGCAACCCUGAACCAGAGUCCGGAUACACUUGGUCAGAGACUGUGGAUGAUGAGACAAAUGCUAAAGAGUGGGCUCUAAAAAUCAUUGUCAACCGCCUUCGGGCUAAGGACGGGGCUGACAAUGAAGCGGACUUCCGCGCCCAUGCCAAGCCUGUUUAUGAGACAUUGAACAAACUUAUUGCUGGCGAGGGCGAGAUCUCUAAGAAGAAAGAUACUCCUGCCGGCCAGAAAUCCCGUCUUCGUCUCCUCGCAGCAAAGUCUGUGCUCAAACUAUGUGCUUCCAGCACCGUCUGCGACAGUCUUUUGACACCUAUCGACUUCAAUUCAGUCGCUUUAGUUGCCCAAGAUCCACUAUUGCAAGUGCGUAGUGGAUUCGUCAACCAUCUGAAGAAGAAACUUGUGCAGAAAUCCCAUCUGAGUCACAGAUGGUAUAUUGUGCCCUGUUUACUUGCCUUUGAGCCCGUUCACAGUCUGAAAGAGAGCACACUCACAUGGCUACGCUCUCGUGCAGCAUACUUUGCUCAGCAGGCUCAAGCCAGUGGAAAGCGGACAGAACAGACGAUGGUAAUGGAACUCAUCUUCUCGCGCCUCCUGUCUCUUCUCGCCUACCACCCCGAUUACCCGUCUGAGGAUUUGGAUGAAUCCACAAAGCUGGGUGACUUGACCGACUUCUCUCAGUACAUCCUUUACUACUUGUCCGCAGUGGCCAACGAGCAGAACAUGUCUUUGAUUUACCACGUCGGACAGCGUGUCAAGCAAUUCCGCGAUGGCAUCACUAAAUCCGACGAAAUCUCUACCCGCCUUCAUACACUCUCUGACCUGGCACAAGCAACCAUCCGCCGUUUCGCCGAUGUGUACUCUCAGCAGCACAAAUUUGGCGGUGCCGCCGGCGCAACCAACAUCUUGCAAACAUACCCAGGAAAGAUGGGUGUUCCCAGCUCUCUAUUCGCGUCCAUGAGUGGCCACCGCGAGGCUCAGGAUGUCGCCGACAAGAACUUCCUUCCUGAUGAGUUGGAUGAUAUGCUGGACCGUGUCGUUCGCAAUGCCAUGAAGCCCAGAAACUCCUCUCAAGUCGCACAAGGUGGAUCGAGCAAGAAGCGGAAGCCUUCUCUCGACACCAAUGGCAAGCCCUCCGCUGCCAAAAAGGCACGCAAGGAGAAACCAACUCGUCCACGUAAAUCCUCAUCCUCUGUUGGGACAUCCAAACCCAAGCGCAAGUCUAGAAAUGAGGACGGCUGGUCUUCCGAUGGAGGCGCUCAACAUUCCAUGCCUGCUUCUGCUCGCAGACGCAGCGUCAGAGGAACUGCCAAGCAGGAAAUCAGUUACAUUGACAAUGACAGCGAUGAAGAUGACGAGGAGAUGGCAACAUGGGAUAAGCCCGCAGAAGCCAAUGAUGAACAGGACGAUGAGGAAGAGGAAGAGGGAGAAGAGGAGGAACAAGAAGGAAGCGACGAUGAAGAAAUGCAAGAAGCAGACAACGACGAGAAGGUAGAUGAGGAAGAACCAGAGGCAGCCAGCGAGAAGGAACCAACCCCACCUCCCAUUCCUGCGAAGAAGCGCGGCGCAAGGACCUCUACAGCGAAGAGUCCCGUUGCAAAGAAGCCCGCUGCGACUACUUCCUCGACCUUGCCGACACGUCGCUCUUCUCGCCGCGGAUAA